AUGUCGCCAUUUCAGUCAAGAGACUUAUCGAGUGCAGCACUGUUCAGUGUCCGCGGGAAGGUGGCUGUCAUCACUGGCGGAGGAACAGGCAUUGGGGCGUCGAUGGCGCUUACUCUUGAUGCCAAUGGAGCCAAGUCGGUGUACAUUUUGGGUCGACGUCUUGAAGUCCUGGAAGAGACUGCGCAGAAAGCAAAGAACGGCAGCAUUCGACCCGUGGUAGCCGAUGUCGGCUCCAAGGAAUCUCUGAUCCAGGCGAGAGAGCACAUCACUCAACAAGAGGGCUUGGUGGAUGUACUAAUAGCCAAUUCUGGAGUGACUGGUCCUAACGGCGGCUUCGACAAGCUUUAUGCAGACGGACAGCAACCUUCGCUCGCCGAGCUUCAGCAGUGCGUUGGGGCGAUCGACAUGGCUGAGUUCACGUCGACAUUCCAUGUCAAUGUCACAGGCGCAUUUUUCUCAGCUAUCGCUUUCCUCCCCCUACUGGAAGCAGCGAACCAAACGCGGCCCCCUUUUGCACCUCGGGCUCAAAUCAUUGUCACCUCGUCCAUCUCUGCGUUUAAUCGCGCUCCAUAUCUCGGAUUUGCGUACAUCCGCUGCAAUGUGAUCGCGCCUGGCUUCUUCGUCUCGGAGAUGACAGAAGGUCGAUGGGGCAACGGUAAGGAUCCUACAAUUGAAGGAAAUGUGUCUGGGACGGAUGUUCCCUUGGAGCGGACCGGAAAGGAAGACGACAUCGCAGGCAUGGUACUGUUUCUUUGCAGUGCAGCAGGGGCAUACGUGGAUGGAUGUGUUCACUUGUUGGAUGGCGGGAGAGUUGCCGUGGGAAACUCAACGUAUUAG